CACGUAUGAACGUUCUGCCCACGCCACAGCUACAGCUACUAUCAGAUCAGAUCACUGCACCAGAGAGAAUGUAGAAUUUACUGCACCAGUUUCCACAAAACCAAAACACGAUUGGCCAAGCGGAUUCAAACCAAAGAGAAUGGAUCUUGCUCUAAUUCGAUUGGCAGUCCAGUCAGAACAAAUUACUCUUUGAACAGAAUCCAAAAUGGCGAAUUUUCGAAUGUUUUCAUGUAUUUCACUAAACCAUCCAUAGAUAGCGUGAUUUUAUGCGUGCGUGAAAAUGGCUGCUGUUAGUAAAGUCGAAGAAAGUAUGGUUAACAACGGAAGUCUCAAAAGAAAAUUGGAAGACACAGAUAUUGGAAAACAUGAGGAGGAUGAAGACGACGAAGAUUCUAAACUUCCAAAGGGCAAAACGAAAGCAUAUCGUUUAUGCCCGUACCUGGAUACCAUCAACAGACAGGUUCUAGAUUUUGAUUUCGAGAAAUUGUGUUCUGUUUCAUUAUCUCGUAUCAACGUGUAUGCAUGUCUUGUCUGUGGAAAAUAUUUUCAAGGUCGUGGCAAUAAUACUCAUGCAUACACUCACAGUGUGGCUGAGAGUCACCAUGUGUACCUGAAUCUACACACCUUGAAAUUCUAUUGUUUGCCAGAUAACUAUGAAAUUAUUGAUUCAUCAUUAGAUGACAUCAAAUAUGUUUUAAAUCCCACAUUCACUUCUGAGCAGAUAUCUUCAAUGGAUGCUAGUGAUAAGCUCUCUAGAGCUAUAGAUGGAACAAUGUAUUUGCCUGGCAUAGUUGGUCUCAAUAACAUUAAGGCAAAUGACUAUUGUAAUGUGAUUCUUCAGGCAUUGUCCCAUGUAACACCAUUAAGAAACUAUUUCCUCCGUGAAAUUAAUUAUGCUCGUGUGAAGAGGCCCCCAGGAGAUAGUUCCUUUCUUCUUGUGCAAAGAUUUGGGGAGUUAAUGCGUAAGCUUUGGAAUCCUCGGAAUUUUAAGGCACAUGUAUCUCCACAUGAAAUGUUACAAGCAGUAGUUCUUUGGAGUCGGAAGAAGUUCCAAUUCACUGAACAAGGGGAUCCAAUCGAUUUUCUUUCAUGGUUUCUAAAUGCCUUACAUUUGGCCUUAAAUGGAUCUAAAAAGCAAGAUUCAUCCAUCAUUUACAAGACAUUUUUGGGAUCGAUGCGUAUUUACACUCGGAAAAUUCCUCCUAUUGAACUGGAGGAGGAUCAGAAGGAGGCACUUAUGUUAAUGGAUGAGUAUCAAGAAAAGCAGACUGAAUCUCCUUUUCUGUACCUCACAUGUGAUUUACCUCCACCUCCUCUUUUCAAAGAUGAAUUUAGGGAAAAUAUAAUACCUCAGGUGAACCUUUAUACUCUUCUCCAAAAAUUUAAUGCUCAAAUGGAAAAAGAGUACAAGACAUACAAAGAAAAUUUUAUGAAGAGAUUUGAAAUAACACAACUUCCUCCUUAUUUAAUUCUGUAUAUUAAGCGGUUUACAAAGAACACAUUUUUUAUUGAAAAGAAUCCAACUAUUGUCAAUUUUCCUGUCAAAAAUGUGGAUUUUGGAGAUAUUUUAACACCAGAAAUAAAGGAAAAGUAUCCUAAUUCAACUUAUGACCUUGUAGCAAACAUUGUUCAUGACGGUGAACCUGGGAAAGGCACAUAUCGUGUUCAUGUUUUACACAAGGGCAGUGGCAAAUGGUAUGAGAUGCAAGAUCUUCAUGUUAUUGAUAUUUUGCCUCAAAUGAUUACUCUUACAGAAGCAUAUAUACAGAUUUAUGAACUAAAGAAAUCAAAUCCAUCGGAAUCAAGAUGAGUUAAUAAUUAAAUGAAAAGAAUGAAUUACUUUGUCUUUGACAUUAUGUAAUGCUAUAUAUAUAUAUAUGUAUUGAUAUGUAAAAGAAGCUACUUUGAAUGCUAAAUAAUAAUUCAAACUUUUUUUACACUUUGUUACUCGAGUAUUAUAUAAAUUCUUUGUUCAUUUUAUUUAUAACAGGCAGUAUUUCCACCAAUAAAUUGAAAUUAUGGGUCAGGUAUAACUGCAGAACGGAUAAUUAAAUAUUUACUUGGGAAAUAUUUAAUUAGAUCGUGGAUAAAUUUCCAUUUAACUUAUUAAACGAGUUUUAGAAAAUAAAACAAGUGAAAAAAAAUUUACUUUCUUAGCAUGGCA